CGAUCAUCAGCCAUCCAGAACCUGUUAAAUCAACUCCGCCCUCCACCCUCACAUCAAUUGACCCCAACCAACCACCAGGGCCUCUCACCACUCCUCGCCUCCUCCCCAUUAAUCUUAUUUCCCUUUCUCCCCACCAGCGAAUCAAAAUGGUCGACAUCCUCCCCCUAAGCAGCUACCCCUCGUACAUCGACCUCCUCCCCUCCAUCCAGACCUGCAACAUCACCAACCUGCCCGAGAACUACUUCCUGAAGUACUACCUGUACCACGCGCUGACCUGGCCGCAACUGUCCUUCGUGGCGGUCGUGCGGCCCAAGGACGGCUACAGCAAGCACCAUGGCGGCCGCGACAGCUACCCCAAGGUCGUCGGCUACGUGCUGGCCAAGAUGGAGGAGGAGCCCACAGACGGGGUCGCGCACGGCCACAUCACCUCGCUGAGCGUGAUGCGCACGCACCGCCGGCUGGGCAUCGCCGAGCGGUUGAUGCGGAUGAGUCAACGAGCAAUGGCCGAGUCCCACCGCGCGCAAUACGUCUCGCUGCACGUGCGCGUCUCCAACACCGCCGCCCUCCGCCUCUACCGCGACACCCUGGGAUUCCAGGUCGAGUCCGUCGAGAGCAAGUACUACGCCGACGGCGAGGACGCCUACGCCAUGCGCAUGGAUCUGUCGGAUAUGUGGGUCGACUGGGCCAAGAUCGAGCGCGAGGACCGCGAGCGCGCCGCCCAGGAGGACGGGAAGGACGGCGAUGAGGGCGAGCCCGUCGGCGAGCUGGGCAAGGCCGCCGACGACAAGAAGGAGCAGGAGAAGAUGGUGCGCGUCAAGGUCGGCCGCGGCUUGGGCGUCGGCGAUCUGGUCGAGAAGAAUGAGGCGGCGCAGCCGGGUAACUAGAGCCUUUUUUUCUUGGACAUUCACAAGAAAACAGAAAAAUCAAAAAAGUUUAGACUAGAACAAAAAAAAGUGGUUGGAAGGUUGGAAGGUGGUUUACUCCAAUACGGUUACGGCUAAAAUGCUUGUAUGUACAUCACAACUCCACAUAAGAAUGCCUCCGACUUGC